UUGAACGAAUAGUACGCGGGAAAUCAGUGAAGUCUUCAGCUGGAAAACAGAGGAGGGCUGUGUUUGAUCAAACAAAAUGAAGGUGGUUACGUGUGAGAUUGCAUGGCACAACAAAGAGCCAGUCUACAGUAUGGACUUCCAGCACAGCUCUGAUGGACGCUUCCAUCGACUGGCCACAGCUGGAGUGGACACCACAGUCAGACUGUGGCGAGUAGAAAUGGGCUCAGAUGGGAAGGCAGCAGUGGAGUUUCUGUCUAAUCUGGCCAGACACACCAAGGCUGUCAAUGUAGUGCGCUUUAGCCCUAAUGGAGAGCUGCUUGCAUCAGGAGGAGAUGAUUCUGCGAUUCUCCUGUGGAAGCUCAAUGACUGUAAGGAACCUGAGCAGGCACCUGUGUUUCAGGAGGAUGAAGAUGCUCAGCUCAACAAGGAGAGCUGGUCUGUGAUUAAGACACUAAGGGGACACAUAGAGGAUGUAUAUGACAUCUGCUGGACAGGAGAUGGAAACUUCAUGGUGUCUGGCUCUGUCGACAACACAGCUAUUAUGUGGGACAUCAACAAAGGACAGAAGCUGUGUAUCUUGAAUGAUCAUAAGAGUUACGUGCAGGGAGUGACGUGGGAUCCUCUAGGACAAUACGUCGCCACUCUCAGCUGUGACAGGACGAUGCGUGUUUACAACACUCACACCAAGAAGAAAGCUUUCUGUAUCAGUAAAAUGAGCUCUGGGCCACUUGCUGAAGGAGAGGCGAAGCAGUACCGAAUCUUCCACGAUGACAGUAUGAGGUCGUUUUUCAGACGUCUUUCAUUCACACCUGAUGGGUCUUUCCUGAUCGCCCCAGCUGGAUGUGUGGAGAUUGGAGAAAAUAUCAUCAAUACCACCUACAUCUUUUCCAGGAAGAGCCUCAAGAGGCCCAUCGCCCACUUGCCAUGUCCAUCUAAAGCUACACUGGCUGUGCGCUGCUGCCCAGUCUACUUUGAGCUAAGAACAAAGAAGGGAGAAGAUGAUUCGGUUGAGACGCUUCCCAACUUAUUCGAGUUGCCUUACCGUAUGGUGUUUGCUGUGGCUUCAGAGGACGCCAUCUUUUUGUAUGACACCCAGCAGACCAUUCCUUUCGGCCUGGUGUCCAACAUCCACUACCACACACUAAGUGAUCUUACAUGGUCUCGUGAUGGUUCCUUCCUGGCUGUGUCCUCCACAGACGGCUAUUGUUCCUUCCUGUCCUUUUUUCCUGGGGAGCUGGGCACUCCUCUGAAAGAGCCCCCCACACUGGAGAUGUUUGUCCCAAACAGUGGUGCUGAGAAAAAGAGCAAGAAGUCCUCAGCGGGCAGGACAUCGUCUCCUGGGUCCCAGCCAUCAAGCUCAGCCCCGACUCCCACAUCCCAAACUAGCAAAGACACCCCCUCUUUCACCCCCCCAGAGGAUAAGAAGAGCACGCCCAGCACCAAGUGUAAACCUCAGCCCCGGAGGAUCACUCUCAACACUCUGGAAGGUUGGGGGAAGCCUACCAGCCCUAAAACCACAGCUCCUGCUGCACCUCAGACCCCAACAGCUGCAUGCACAAGUGCUCCAUCGACUCCUCAACCACACAUUGCCCCGCUGACUCCCACCAGCUCCUCCAAAACCCAACAACGCAUCACCCCUCUCACUCCCUCCACCCCUAAAGUCCAAAAUAGCGCUAAUACUCCUGUGCCCACUACUCCCAAAGGCAUAACCACCCCAAAAGGACCCACCCCAAGGAGAGUAUCUUUGACUACAGUUGCCCUCCGGUCCCCAGCUGUGAGUUCCCUCUUCAGCACUCCCUCCUCCACUGAGAAGGCCAAACAUGAACGUCCUUCUCCACCCACUGAUCCAGUCUGCCAGCCUCCAGAGUCCAAAAGGCCAAAGACCAGUGACCCACCCACAACGUCCAGUGACACGAAGCCGUAGCGUUCAUUGGGAGCAGUGUGCUGCUGUAGGAAAAACGAUACAUCACGCAGUUAAAGACAACCACCGAGGCUCCCUGUGGAUCUAAUCCCAUAGAGCCAUAGCAUUGUGUAUAGGAUGAGGUGUAUAUGUGUCUGAACCUGAUCUAAAAAGAUAAAGCUUUCACCUCACUUAAUGUACUGUUUUAAAACAAAUGUCACUGCAGUACAAUUUUGUUGUUGCUCAUGUUCUGUAUAGCACCGUAUACAGGUGAUAAAUAUCUGUUUUAUGUUUUAUAUUUCGAUACUUAAAUGAAUUUGUAAAGAGGAAAACUUGCUCACAUUGUGUUUAAUUCACAACAAACUUUGUGCUUGUUGGUGAAUUGGUGAAAUUAAAACCGCACUCCCAACCUGAAGAAUGAAAAAAAAAAACAUGUUCCUCAAGGUUUGGUGCCUGUAUUUAGUACAUUCAUUUUUCUUAAGAUGUGACCUGCAAUUUAAGUGAAAAGCUCAGAAUUGUUGAGCAUUUAAGGCUCAUUUUCUUACUGUUUAAUAAAAUGUGAAAAAACA